AUGGAAGAAGUUAACGCCGCGGAUCGCGCCCUCGACUCCAUCCCACCACGCGACCCGGCCGACGCACCCAACCCCUCCGCCAUCGCGCCCCAUCCCGAUGCGCCCGCCAACGACGAUGCGCCGCCCAUCAAGCAGGAGGACCAGCUUGCGCCUGUAAAUGGCCAUGAUGGUGGCGUCAUCGACCGGCCCUCGAAGCGGCGGAAACUCGACGACACCACGACGCCGCGUCGCUCCGCCUCACGCGCGGCAUCGCCCCCGUGGAAGUCGUUUGUGGCAGACGGGCCCACGACCGUCUUCGAGAACGGCGUCAGGAAGUCCUCGCGUGUGAACAGGGACGCUGCACCCCCGACACCCGAGCCCACAAAGCCCAGCAGCUCGCGCCCGCCGGCCAAGACGACGCAGACGAAUGGGACCCCGAGGCAUGCCGCCAAAAGGGAGCCGCGCAAUGGCUCAGGGCCGACGUCGGUCCCAAAGGGGAAGGCUGCGUCCGCCCUCGCCAGAAAGGCAUCGGCACAGUCUUUGUCCACGCCUGCCCGCAAGUCGGAGCGGACUACAAAGGUUUCGGCUCUCGCAAAAACGACGCCGCUCGCAUCGCCCGCAUUGCAGAACGCGACGCCCAGUAGCGCCACUCGCAAGCGGGGCAGUCGGCUGAGGAGGGGAACUCAAGCAUUGACUGACGAGCCAGAUGACGAAGCCAUGGGCACUCCCGACACCAAUGGCCAUGACCCCGAUGCUGGCCUCUACGCAUCGCCGGAUGGCUCCAAUUCGGCGAUACCUGCACCGCGACUACGUCUACGGCUGCGAAAGCCCGACCCUCCCAACCGCCAUCCCCACCACGUCCCGCCCAAGUCCCAAUACGCUUCGCUCGAAGAAUGGCUGCAGCAAGAUGACCCGUUGGAUGGCGAGGAGGCGCUGCGGAUAACCAAGGAAAAGGCCGAGGACGAGGCCAGACGCCGGUUGCAGAUUGUUGAAGCCGCUGAGCACGGGGUGUUGAGCCAGGAACGAUGCAGUGUCUAUGCGCCCGAGGCUGCACCCGAGCCGCCUACUCAGUACGGGCACUGGGAUCAUGUGGUUGCACAUGCAUUGAACUUCAACAAACUGCUCAAGGAAGAAAAGGCUUUCCACCGCCGGACGGCCAAGAUUCUGGCUAGAGAAGCCUACGAAUUCUGGAAGAACAAGUUCAAGCGGAAGAGCCAGGAUGAAAUCGAGCAAGAAGAGACGGAGCGUCAAGUGUUGAGAUACAAGCAGCUUGUGAAAGACGUCAAGGAUGCGUGGGGCUUGGUCAAGGUGGAGAUCGACAAGGAGCGUGUGGCCAAGUACGAAGAGGAGCAGCUGCAGCUCGGACACAAGGCCAUGGAUGACAUGUUCAACCAGGCGCAGGAAAUUCUAGGCGGUCGCGUUGCCGGCGAUGGCGCAUCCUCGCUAAUCAGUGAAGACCGGGAAUUCGACGACAUGGAGGAUUUCGAAAGCGGGGUCUCGCAUACCUCUGAAAACCAGCUUGAUGACGAUGUCAUGUCUUCAAGCUCGGAUAGCGAGCCAGAAGACGAGCAAGACGACGAUGCAAACCUCACUGCUGAACAACUACGCGAGAAAUAUGGUCAGCUUCCUGAUCUGCCAGCUAGCAGCUCCGAGUCAGAGGCGGAAUCUGGAGAUGAAGAUGAUGAGGAUGAAGCAGAACAUUCUGAGGAGGGUACCCCAGCACCCACUCCCGAUCCGGACCUUGACGCUGAAAGUCACAACGAGCCUUUGGAAACGCUCACGAAUGGAUACCAUGGCAACGGUGAUGACGAGGAUGAGGAUGAGAACAAGCCUGGUUACAUUGAUCCGGCUACAGUCGAGCUCGAUCAGGUGGAUGACGCCCUCAUGGAUUCCGACGACCAAGGCUCCGAGUCAGGUAGCGAAGCUUGGUCAAGCAACGAAGGCUCCGGAACCGAGGGCAAUGAUGAAGAGGCAGACGACUCAGAACACGAUGACGAUAGUGGGGAAGAAGAUGUGGGCUUGAUGGGAUUCUUUGCGCCCAAGGACGUCAAAAAAUUGAAGGAAGCCGCGAAAACCGCAGUCGAGGAUGAUGAGCCGAAGAGUGCGGAGCAAGAGACAGAGCAGGUCAAUGGCCACGCUUCUAUGCUUGCGGAACAUGAGGAGAAACCUCGGGUUAAUGGACAUGGUGCGGCCGCUGAAACGGAUGAGCCACAUGUCAAUGGCGAUGUGGCGCCGUCCGACCCUGCCCCUUCCAUUGAAGACGCGGAACCUGAACCAUCGGUCGAAGCUACCGAGGCUACCCCAAUGGAAGAUGUUGCACAUUCCAAGAGUGCUUCUCGAUCACGCCACGCAUCCUCACCGCCAAGAACCGAGGUGCCGUUUUUGCUACGAGGCACGCUGCGAGAGUAUCAACAUGACGGAUUAGACUGGCUUGCAAAUUUAUACGAGUCUGAGACCAACGGUAUUCUAGCGGACGAAAUGGGUCUUGGUAAAACCAUUCAAACCAUUUCACUCCUUGCCUACCUUGCCGUCCGUCACGAGAUCUGGGGGCCGCACUUGGUAGUAGUUCCCACUAGUGUUAUGCUCAACUGGGAGAUGGAGUUUCGAAAAUUCCUACCCGGCUUCAAGAUCCUCACCUACUAUGGCGAUAUCAACGAGCGCAAAAGAAAGAGAUUGGGCUGGCGCAACACGGGCAAGGACAUGUACAAUGUCGUCAUCACAUCGUACCAACUCAUCCUCCAAGACGCAGCAGCUUUCAAGAUGCGCCCUUGGCGGUACCUGGUGCUAGACGAAGCGCACAAUAUCAAGAACUUCAAGUCGCAACGUUGGCAGACUAUGCUCAACCUCCGCACUGAACGGCGGUUGUUGUUGACUGGAACGCCCCUACAAAACAACAUUGAUGAACUCUGGUCGCUGCUUUACUUUCUCAUGCCGGCUGGCUUUGCUGGCGAAGGCCGCAUUGCUGGUUUGGAGGAAUUCACACUAGCCCUCAAGAAUCCUACGUCGCAAAUUUUGGACCAGGGCCGCCAGCAGCUCGAUGCUGAAGCACAGAAGAUUGUCAAGCGACUUCAUGAAGUUCUUCGGCCGUACCUGCUCAGACGGUUGAAGUCUGAAGUUGAGAAACAGAUGCCAGGAAAGUAUGAGCAUGUGGUAUACUGUAAGCUUUCCAAACGGCAGCGGCAGCUCUACGAUGGAUUCAUGGGCCGUGCGUCGACCAAGGAGAUUCUGUCCUCUGGCAACUACAUGUCCAUUAUCAACUGCUUAAUGUCAUUGCGAAAAGUGUGCAAUCACCCCGAUCUGUUUGAGACGCGAGCCAUUGUAACUUCCAUGGCAAUGCCCAAGUCCGUCGCUGCCCAGUACGAGAUCAAGGAUCUUCUCAUCCGAAAGCGUUUGCAAGAAGACAUGCGAGACCGGAUCAAUCUGGAUGCUCUAAACCUCAACUUUGCCCGACGAGAACAGACACAGCUGGGCCAUGCUCGACGGACUUAUCCGAUUCGUGCUACCCGGCCUCUGGAAGACCUGAUUGAGCGCCAAACUCGGCGUAUCAAUAAAUCAAUCGAAGCGGCUACGUCUCCGCUGCACUCAACCAUGGCAGCAAUGGCCAAACGACAGCAGAUUGCUGUUCGUGACCAUUUGCAGACAUGUGUCGCUCUCACACGCGCGCGCACCCAGUUCAUGCCGAUAUACGGAAAGGACAUUAUCAAUGCGGUCACGGUUGACUGGCACGAGUUCACGUUCGGUGCCAUCACCGAGGGGAAGAAAGUGCCCAAGCCAUCUCCUUAUCGCACACACCAUGCUCUACAACCGACGUACCACGGAUUUGGUCAGGCGCAUCUGCAACCAAGGCAGGAGGAGGCAACACAAUACGACAUUGUCCAGCGACAUCACGGUCGUCUCGGCUUUAGGUCUCCCCGCUCUCAAGGCGUCUUGUCGCAGUGGCACGAUCAGCAGAUUACGCACUUUUACGACAUGAUUCCCACACUGGAGCAACGUGCUGAAGCCUUUGAGCCACUCACCACGCGCUUUACAUGCGUUACGCCUGCUGUUACGGCCGAGGAGCUUGUUCCACUUACCUUGUCGAAACGCGGCUGCCAACUGAUUCAGUCCUCAGAAGUAGCACACCAGCCAGACCCUUUCCACUCGUCACGCAUCCGACAGUCUAUUGCCUUCCCCGAUAAGCGUCUGCUUCAGUACGAUUGCGGCAAGCUUCAACGCCUUGCAACGCUGCUCCGAGACUUACAAGCUGGUGGUCAUCGUGCUCUCAUCUUCACACAGAUGACAAAGGUCCUUGAUAUCCUCGAGCAGUUUCUCAACAUUCACGGCCAUCGCUACCUGCGUCUCGAUGGUUCGACCAAGAUUGAGCAGCGCCAGAUUCUUACGGACCGCUUCAACAAUGAUCCGCGCAUUCUGUGUUUCAUCCUGUCUUCGCGAUCAGGAGGUCUCGGCAUCAACCUCACGGGUGCCGACAGUGUCAUCUUCUACGACCUUGACUGGAACCCGGCAAUGGACAAGCAAUGCCAAGAUCGUGCCCAUCGAAUCGGCCAGACGCGCGAUGUUCACAUCUACAAGUUUGUGAGCGAAUACACUAUUGAAGCCAAUAUCCUGCGCAAGUCGAAUCAGAAGCGUCUUCUCGAUGAUGUCAUCAUCCAAAAGGGUGACUUCACCACUGACACGUUCAACAGAGUGACUUGGCGGGAUGCAUUGGACGAGGACAUGGGCAUCGACACGACAGACGAAGCUGGCGCCGCCAUGGAACGUGUGCUUGGCGAAAAGAUUGGUCUCUUAGGCGAUGCACGCGUCAUGGGCAAUGUAGAAGACACUGAAGAUCGUACCGCGGCGUCGAUUGCCCAGAAGGAAAUUGUCGACGAGAUCCAAGAAGACCGCGUCGACUUCAAUGAGAGUAUCAACGCCACAAGAGCUGCUUCCGAAGCCGCGGCCGCCUCCAAAGACGAAGACGAGCUCGACAUCAACGGCAACGAAAGGGAAAGAAGACACGUCGAUGAAUACAUGCUUAGCUUGUACCGCGAGGAAUACGGCAAAGAACCCUAUCGGCCUCCGACCGAUCGCCAAAAGAGGAACCGCAAGGGUCAGGAUCCUCAUGUGAGGCAGAGGAAGAAGAAGUACUAGAGCAUUGUCUUGUUCUUCGUCGCCAUAUCUAUAUACAUUGUAAUAUCGCGAUUUGCGAGAGAAAAUUAGUAACAUACAUAUCACAAC